UGCCGAGUCUUCGCCCUUUCCUCCGGCCGUCUCCUACCCGCUGAGCGGACGCAGAGAGUCGAGGUCGGGCGUGCGCAGCGCCAUGAAGGGCCGCUGCCUGACGGGCGCCGCGGCGGAAGGGUUGGCCGGCUGAGGGCCCGAGUCGGGCCAAGGCAUGUGGAGCCCCGGUGGGAGCCUGCUCCAGGCGCUCCCCCGGCUCCUGCAGCACGCCGCCCUCCCGGGCUGUGCCGAGCUGCCGGCCCGCUGGGCCCUGCCGAGGGCGGCGGACGGGGACGACCGGGCGGAUCGCCCUUCCCGCGGGGGCGGGGCGAGCGCGGCGGCGGCGGCGGCGGCGGCCUCGGGCGCCCUGCUCGGCGCCUGUCUGGAGCGCCACGGUCCGCCUGCGGCCUCGGAGCUGCCGGCGCUGGGCGGGGCCUUGGCGGGCGGCCCCGGGAGCGGCAGCGGCGGCGGGGUGGUGGUCGGCGUGGCGGAGGUGAGAAACUGGCGCUGCUGCUGCCUUGGCAGCACCUGUUGGUGCCGGAGCCUCGUGCUGGUCUGCUUGCUGGCCGCGCUGUGCUUCGCUUCCCUGGCCCUGGUCCGCCGCUAUCUGCAGCACCUCCUGCUCUGGGUAGAGAGUCUCGACUCGCUGCUGGGGGUCCUGCUUUUCAUAGUGGGCUUCAUCGUGGUCUCGUUCCCCUGCGGCUGGGGCUACAUCGUGCUCAACGUGGCCGCUGGCUACCUGUACGGCUUCGUGCUGGGCAUGGGACUGAUGGUGGUGGGCAUCCUCAUCGGCACCUUCAUCGCCCAUGUGGUCUGCAAGCGGCUGCUCACCGCCUGGGUGGCCGCCAGGAUCCAGAGCAGCGAGAAGCUGAGCGCCGUUAUUCGCGUCGUGGAGGGUGGAAGCGGCCUGAAAGUGGUGGCGCUGGCCAGACUGACCCCCAUACCUUUUGGGCUUCAGAAUGCAGUGUUCUCGAUUACUGAUCUCUCUUUACCCAACUAUCUGAUGGCAUCAUCAGUUGGACUGCUUCCUACCCAGCUUCUGAAUUCUUACUUGGGUACCACCCUGCGGACAAUGGAAGAUGUCAUUGCAGAACAGAGUGUUAGUGGAUAUUUUGUUUUUUGUUUACAGAUUAUUGUAAGUAUAGGCCUCAUGUUUUAUGUAGUUCAUCGAGCUCAAGUGGAAUUGAAUGCAGCUAUUGUAGCUUGUGAAAUGGAACUGAAAACCUCUCUGGUUAAAGGCAAUCAACCAAAUACGAGUGGCUCUUCGUUCUACAACAAGAGGACCCUAACGUUUUCUGGAGGUGGAAUCAAUAUUGUAUGAUUCUAACAAAAUGUGUGACUGUCAAGAGCCAAGUGUGCUGUCCGAGGUCUAGUGGUCACCUCACUAGGGGACAGAGACAAGUUUUAAUUGUAUUACGGCACAAACAAAACUGACUAGUUUUUAAAUUGCACAGUUUUUUUAAAGCAAGAAUCAUUUUCUGGGUAUGUAAGUGCAAAUGUAGAUGCAAUUUUGGCUGCACCUCUUUAUCAUUUAUUAUGCCCAUAAUGGCCUAUAGGUUUGCACUUUAGUGUUUUUUCUUUGUUUUCUUUCUGGGUACUUAUGAACAGAGAAAUAACCUAAAUAUUUUUCUGCUUAGUGUCUUUAUUUAUAAAGUCUAUGGAUAGUUGCAUUUUUCCUACUUAGAAAGAUGGGUAAAAGUAUGCAAUCUGAAAUGUAUAAUAUUACUCUAUGUUCUUUGCUUUGGUAGUCUUUCCAGAAAGGAUAAACAGUGUGUUUUGUUUUGUUUUAUUGUUUUAAGUGGGACCACUUUGCUUCCCUUUUCCUUACUAGUUAGAAAAUAGACGUUAACUUUUGGUUGAAUGUAUUUUUGUAAGCAUCACAUUGUUGCAGGGCCAUUUACACCUGUUCACACAAGCUUAAAUCCUACAUUGUGGGACUGAAGUGCUCUUAAGAUACCUUUUUAUUUUCACUGUGUAAUAUGCAAAAGGGAAAUUAAUGAGUAGUGGCUCAAAUUAGAACUUCUGUUCUAAUUCCAUUACAUUAGCUUUAUCCUCGUUAGAUCUUUCAUCAAAGGGCUGUCGCAUUGCAGUCUUACUAAAAUAUUUUAUUGAAAUAAAAUUUUUUCCUUUUAUAUUUAUAAUUAGGCUUUGAAAUAAAGAUGCUGUUACUUUAAAAUGAUGGGUUUACCAUCAUUGAAGAUGUCACUCAGGUGGCCUUGCUUGAUCAAAAAGCCUUUUUAAAAAUCCGAGCUUUAAAAUCAUGUUUAUAAUUCCAUUGAAGUAUAUAUGUAUUUGUCCCCAUAGUCUUCAGCUUUAAGACUAUAAAUAUAAUGUUAACUUAAUACCCAAAUCUGUAUUAUUUGCCCUACUAUAGAGUAGAUUUAUUUUGUUUGUUUUUCCGUACUUGUUUUUGUCUGAUAAGACUCAGGAAUUCUGAAAUGUGAAAUUAAGUCUCUCAACUCUCUCUCUCAUGGCAUGAAUUGAGUGUAUUUAUAAAUAGCACUUAUGAGUAUAGCAUACAGUAAUUCGGCAUAUGAUUCAUAUGACAUAGGUAUUAUUCAUUUAUCACCUUAUAAUUUUAAAAUAGUUUAAUUGUACUUAGUGAUUAGUUUUUUUACAAUUUAGAUUAUAGAUAGGAAUGCAGAUUUUCUGGUAGGUAUAUCUUUUUUGGCUAUGAAGAUCCCACCUUAUCAGAGACCUUCCAUUUGCCUUUUCAUUAGGGUAAAACCUUAGCCCUGAUUUCAUAAAGUGUGAAAGAAUUCUUUGGAAGCAGAUUAUUCUAGUCUUAUGCUGGAGAUGCAUUUGAUCAUUUUAAUGGAUACUUUUUUGCCCUGUUGGAGGUAUAAUUGUUUUCCUUUCUUUCAUAAUACAUAAGUUUUCUUACCUUUGAGUAACAGUGAAGUUCAUUUAUAUGUCCAUACCAAGAAGACCUCAGUGCAAAUGAUGAGAGGUACCUGGGUUUAUAGCACUUAAUUGGCCUCCAAAUCCUUCCUGUUAUUGGUAGGAAAAAAUAUAGUAUUGGAAUGUUCUUGUUCUUUUUUGAAUCCUGAUUACUUGUUUAGCUGUUUUUGGUGUUUUUUUAGAAUGAUUUUCGUUUCAUAAUCCCAAUGAAUAAUACGUUUGAUUUAUUCUUUUCUGUCUAAGUUGACAAUAUUUUUCUUGCGCUUCUUGUUUGUUGGUUAGUUUUUGUUAAAGGAGUCAUUAAUUUAAGAUCGCUACUUUCAUACUUGUGUUAUACUUCAUGUAUUUUGAAGUGCAUUUAUUUACUUAGCAUUUUAUAACUUGAAUAAUUUCACCAAAUGAAUACCUUUUGGUAGUUUGUAAUGAGUUCUUCCAAUUGUUGCAUUUUGCUUGGUACUUAAAAUAAAUAUGUAAAGCUAAAAGAGAAAUAAUUUUUCUGUAUUCUGCCAAUCAUAAUUUUAUAUAAUAAAAUCAUCCAUUUUUACUUAAAAUAGUAUGGAUUUACUAUUUCUAAGAUACUGAAGCUGCAGUUUUCCUUUUCUUCAUCAUUCCAGCCUCCAAGUAAACAACAAUCCGUGCUAUUUGAUAGCUCAGUUGAGUUGCUGGGUCUUUAGAUGUGCUAACUGUAAAUUGUAUAAAGCAUUGCCAUGCCUUGUUCACUUCAUCUUCAACCCUGUAUCCCAGAUUUAUGGCAGCAGUACAUUUCUACAGAAUCCUUUCAUGUUGCCCAGAUAUUGCCUCCAGUCAUAAAGUAUAUAUUUAUAAAAUAGAUGUUUUGGAUUUCUCAGACUGUUUAGGUGCAAUGUAAAGUAGCUUUAUGCACAGUUUAAAAGGCAUACAAUAUACCUAAUUUCCAAAUAUGAGGAAAAAUAUGUUCUAUUUUUAAUUCUUUGGGCCUUUCCCUAAGUUUUCCACAGUUUGUGGUUUAUUGUGAUUGAUUUUGUUUACUCUUUGCCAAAUUUUGUCAUGUAAAUUAUUUUAAACAUCUUUUUAAAAACAUAUACAUAAUAAUUUAGUAAGUGUUUUCAUCUCUGUUCUUAUUUGAUCAUCUGAUUUGUGAAAUAACUUGAAAUCUGUACUCUUUGGUUUGUGAAAAUAGUAGAACAACAUCUCUGUUAUUAGAAUGUGUGAUUUGAGUUUAUGUUCAGAAUUGACCGUGUGGGUUUGUUCAGAGUCAGCCGUACUUUCAUGUUAUCACUUUGUAACCAGUGGCAAACCUUUCUAAAAUGGCUUUUCCCUGAUAGGGUCAAGUAUAUGACUAGAAAACAUUUCCUCCUUGAGAAGCUAUUAUUAAGUUCAGUAGUUACUGUUAUUUACCUUUGCUGUAACUGAGCUACGUGGUUUAGCUACAAGCAUAUCCCAGCAUUUCUGCGUUUUUAAUAUGCAGUGCUGAUUUGGAGUAUUCUUGGGAAAGGUGCUAUGGCUUACAUAUGUCAAUAUUUGUUGGCUGUGGGACUUUCUUUAGAGUCACUAGGUAUUUCUUUAGAAAGUCACUAGGUAUGUGCCAGGUUGAUGCAGGUAAAUCCUUAGAUGCAUGAUAAAUCUAUGCCAUUCAAAACGAGCGACAUUUGCAGAGAAAAAGAGAGGUUUAUGUGGACCUCAGGAAGAACGAUACUGACCUAGGUUGAUGACCUCGGUGAUGGAAUUUUAUUUCAGACAGAGGCCACUCACUGAAUCAUAAUGAUGGUCAGAAUGACACUAUCUGGUCUUUAGAUUUUACAUUGCUGAUUUCUGUUAUAAUAAACUAUUUAACAUAUAAUUUUCUUAAAGGUCAUCUCUUUAAGCUGAACGGCCUUUAAAGAAGGGAGAGGAAUCACCACAGGAUAUUUAAAACUCCAGACUUCCAGUAACCUCACAUACUGAACAGAAAACUGUUAACUUACUCCACAACUAAAUUACGAUUUGGUAAUUCUGAAUUGCAAAGUGAUUGCUGCUAACUAUUUUCUAAGGUAACUGCAGAUUAAAAAUAGAUAAUUCUAAAGGUGAAUCAGUAAAAUCUCUUGAUAAUUGGUAUCCUAGAUCACUUGUGUGCCUGAGAAAAUAAAAGGUAAUGUUUUAUUUC